AUGUCGGCAAAAGGACACGAACAAGUCGAUCAGUUAGAAAAAGAUAUCCCGACUCACCAGGAUGUGGUGGAUGUCGAAGUCGCCGCUCCUAAAUAUGCGGCGAACACCCAGCUCGACGAUGCUGCAAAGCUCCUUGCUGAGGCGGGAGGCCAUGUAGAGUAUACGCGAGCCGAAGGACGCCGUGUUCUACGCAAGAUUGAUCUCUACGUCUGUUUGCCCAUGUGCCUCGUCUAUUUCAUUCAGCAAAUGGACAAGAGCAGUCUCUCUUGGUCCGCAGUCUUCUCCAUUCAAGCGGAAGCUCAUCUUGUUGGGGUUGAAUACUCUUGGCUCAGUAGCUGCGUCUACGUGGCGCAGCUCGUCUGCCAGCCCUUGUCGGCCUAUGCUCUCAUCGUUUUCCCCGUCAAAUAUUGGGUUGUCUUCAAUUACGCGUGCUGGUCUAUUGUCACCUGCUGUACUGCAGCUGCCCACAAUUUUGCUUCCCUGUUGAUCUGUCGGAUCCUGCUAGGAGCGUUCGAGGCAACUAUCCUGCCCUCAUUUAUCCUGAUCACUCAAAUGUGGUGGAUUCGACGAGAGCAGAGUUACCGAACGAUCGCUUAUCAGAUCGCCAACUCCUGUGCUGGGCUCUUUGGCCCUUUGCUGUCCUACGCGGUUGGCAAAGCGGCGCAGAACAGCAACACGAUCAAGCCUUACUCAGGGAUCUUCUUAUUCAUGGGAUGCAUAUCUCUUGGCUUCCUCCCCAUUGUCUGGUUCCUUCUUCCAAACUCGCCCACGACCGCCAAGUUUUUGAGACACGGAAACGAUCGUCUGAUCGCCAUCGACCGAUUGAAGGACAACAACACUGGUACCAAGGCUUCAAAGUUCAAAUGGGACCAGUUCUGGGAGACUUACAGGGACCCAAAAACUUACAUGUGGGCUGGCAUGUGGUUCUGCGCGGCGACCCCAGCAACAUCUCAGUCCGGAGGUAUUGGCGCUUUCGGUGGCCUGAUCACAAAGGGUUUCGGUUUCAACACUUUCAACACGAUCCUUAUGCAAAUGCCUCUCGGGGCUAUUGGUAUCAUCAUUCUCCUCACGGCGAUCUACAUCACCAACAAGAUCAAGCUACGAUGGCCCGUGCUGGCCGUUUUGACAUUGUUCCCAAUCGCCGGAGCAGUAGCUUUGACUCAGGUUCCUCGAGAUGAGCCAGGCGCUUUGAUGGCAGCGUAUUACAUCACUGCUUUCUUCACUGGCAUCCAGCCUUUGCUGAUCUCCUGGUGCAACCUGUCGGCAGGAGGAACGACGAAACGAGUCUGUACCACAGGCGACAUGUUCGCUGCCCUCACAGUCGGUAAUGUCGUUGGUCCCCAGGUUUACCUCGCGCGCGAGGCCCCAAAAUACUUCACUGGGCUCUACGUCGAUAUUGCAUGCUGGUGUAUCGAAUUCAUCCUCGUCGUGUCCAUGGGAUUCUACCUCGGCCGACUCAACAAGAGACAAGAGGAGAGACGCGUCGCAAUGGGUCUGCCUCGAGACAUCAAGGACAUGUCGAUCAUGUCGACCGUCGAAGCUGAGGCGUACAAGGUUGAGCUCGCGGCCAUGAUGGCCAGUGCUGGACUAUCGAUCGACCAAUUCAAUCCUGCCUCAUUCGACGAUAUGACAGACUUUGAGUGA